AUGUCUAUCGAUCUCAAUCACAAGAGUCUCACCCGCAGAUUGAUCAACGUCACGUCCCUGCAAAACAAGUCUGCGCUCAAGGACAGCAGUUGGGAUGUCAAUUGGGGCCUGAAAAAUCCAGUCACAGGAGUCGAUCGAGCGCAAUGCGGCGACUCUGUGGGGUGGGGAAGUUGGGGGAGCACGGACAAGGAAGCUGUCAACAGGUUCCAUGGGCAAGUCGGUCAAACUUAUACCGUGGAAUGUCCAGAUGGCUGCGACAAUGCCGGCCCGGUCUGGGGCUGCGGCACGUUCCUUGACGACAGCUCAAUCUGCAAGGCAGCGAUUCUAAUGGGAAUGGCUUCGAAAGACAAGAGCUCAGUGGUAUCCUUUCAGUUAGUUGAGCCUCUGAUGCAAUAUCCUGAUUGCAAGAAGAAUGGCAUAUCAACAGACAGUUGGAUGUGGUAUGAGUGGAAGAAAGCGAGCAAAGUUGAUAAAGUCCAGAGCUACUGCCCUGCGGGAUGGCUCAAUACGCACACCAUAGACCAACCAUGCGAGGCUCUCCUAAGAAAGUAUCGAUGGGACUGUAAGAUCAGCCAUGACAUUGAACAUUGCUUUGGGGUGAGAGCAUUUCAAUUCGUCCAGGCAUCGACUCCUCCCUCCGUAAAUCCGCCUUCGGGACAAUUCAUCGGAACAGUGAAAGUAACUGUAACAGCUCCUGCUGGAGAAAGAAUUCUUUGCACCACCGAUGGAAGCGAUCCCAGAAUCUCGGAUGCAUUGUUUGACAACCUUGUUUCGGGACAACAAACAUUUGAGCUGAAAUCAGAGGGAAAGAACACUCUCAAGUGUCAAGCCAUCGCCAGCGGAUCUGCGGCAAGCAUCAUCAUCGUUCGAGAGUAUGAGGUCCUCACAAAGCUCCCUGCACCCUCGUUCGAUCCAAAUGGAGGGUCUUUUGUGGAAGAGGCUCUUGUCGUGAUCUCUUGCAGUGUUGCAAAUGUUGUGCUGAAGUACUACUUGGACGAGAACCAACCAUCCAUGGCAAAAGUGUAUAAUGGCCCCGUUCGAAUCCAAACGACUGGUAGCAAAAUAUUUGCGUAUGCAACUGGUCAUCCAAUUUUGAAAGAUAGUGACAUUUCAGCUUCCAAUAGUUUCUUCAUCCAAGCCAAAUCGCCAGGUAUAGCUUUGCCGGGCGCUAUUUCAGUUGGAUUUGCUAUUGUAAACGUCACGGUUCAGCGUCCUGAUGAGCAAGCUUUCUGCACGUCUGAUGGAAGUACACCGACCCGAUUAUCGAAUAGAUGUGAUCAACAUGGAAUCAUGGUGAUGAAUAACCAUGCUCGAGUCAAAGCUUUGGUUGUUGGCAACGAUGUUAUGCCAUCGAAUAUUACUACUUCAGACUUGAUAACGAUCCGAUCCUACGCUCCUGUGAUUGAACCAGACGGAGGUAGAUUUCAGGAUAUGGCCGAGGUUUCAUUGGACUAUCCAGCCCCUGGAUUGUAUAAGAUAUAUUUCACUCUGAACGGAAGGGAUCCUGACGCAAAAUCAUCAGAAUAUACCACAGCGAUUUCAAUCGUCGAAACGCGGACAAUUGUCAAAGCAUUUGCUAUCUCAGGAGACUUGGAGCCUAGCUUAAUUUCUGUGUCAGACCCAUACAUCAUUCUUUCACUAAGCCCAGCCUUGCAGCCCCCAGCAGGGCAAUACGUUGACCAAGUAACAGUGACCUUGAUAUGCACUGAUCCAACAGCAAAAAUUUUCUAUACGCUGGACGGGAGGGAUCCAAACACAAAUUCAGAUCAGUACAAAUCUCCCAUUGUGGUAAAAAAUAAUGGAACGUACUUGCGGGCAAUCUCAAAAAGCCCUAAAAAAGAUCCCAGCGAGAUAGUACAAGCUGAAUACUCAAUCAAAACAGCGACACCUCAAUUGACAGGAGCUGAGGGAGCUCACGAGACAGUAGCUGAAAUCCAUGCUACGUGCACAAGUCAGAAUGCAAAACUGUAUUAUACCUUGGAUGGAAGUAUACCAAAUCAAUUUUCGCAGCGAGCACAAAACAACAAAAUUCAAGUAAAAGCAACUGGAUCUCAAGUCAAAGUAAUAGCCAUCAGCGACAGGAAAGAAGCAAGCGAUGUAGUCACCACAGACACCAUCGUUGUAUCUACGGCUAUACCAACGAUAAUACCAAAUGGAGGAGAUUUUGUUGACGUCGCGACUGUCAGCAUAUCCAGCGCAACGCCAGGGGCAGAGAUCUACUACACCCUCGACGGCUCGACCCCCACCGCCCAAUCAAGAAUGUACGUCGCGCCUGUUCUCGUGGAGUCGACGGACGUGGUCGUCAAGGCCAUGGCGAGGCAUCACCUGCUGGAGGACAGCGAGGUCAUCAGCUCGGAUGUCUUCCACGUUCAUGCCUCGGUGCCGACGUUCGAGCCUGACGGAGGCUCGUUCGUAGAAAGCGUCGAGGUGACCAUCUCGUCCGCCACUCCGGGCGCUGAGAUCCGAUGCACGACCGACGGGUCCGAGCCGUCUGAGACCACCAGCGUGUGUCAGAACCCCGUCACCAUCUCGACGACAGGAGCGGUCAUCAAGGCGAUCGCGACCAAGCACGAGCUCUCGCCGAGCGAGGUCGCGGUGCUGCAGGCGCCGUUUGUGAUCAAGGCGAUGGCGCCAUCGUUCUCGCCGGACGGGGGGACGUACGUGGAGUCGGUGAAGGUGACGCUGUCGUCGCAGACCGCGGGGUCUCGCAUCUACUACACCCUGGACGGCUCGACGCCGACGGCAGAGUCCAAUCUGUACGGCGAGCCGAUCGAGCUGGAGGGGACCGGCACCGUCGUGCGGGCGGUGGCAGUUGCAGAAGGGAAGGCCCCGAGCGAGGUAGCAGAGUCGCGGGAGUACGUGAUCGAGACGUCGCCGGUAGAGUACGAAGCGUCGGGAGACGCGUGGGGAACGGCGACGGCGUCGGAGAAAGGCUUCAUCGAGGAGGCCAAGAUCACGAUGACGAGCAAGACUCCAGGAGCUCAGAUCUACUACACCAUGGACGACAGCAACCCGACCGUGUCGUCGACACGAUACGACGGGGUGGCCGUGGUUGACAAGGUCUACGGAGAGCGCGUCGUCAAGGCCAUCGCCGAAGCGCCAGGGAAGGCCCCCAGCUCGGUGACCACGUCGGUGAUCUUCGACGUGUUCCAGCGGGAGAAGAAGCCGCGGCUGCUGCCGGACGGCCCCGGGCCCUACGUCACGAGGGUCAAGGUCAGCAUAGAGGCCCAGCCAGGCGACUCGGUACGCUACACCACCGACGGGUCAGACCCGUCGAGCUCGAGCACGGCAGAGGAGUACAAGGAAGGCUUCGACAUUGACGCCAUCGGGGUCACGGAGGUGCGGGCGGUGGCAUCCAAGGCAGGGAUGGCGGACUCUCUGCCGAUGGUGCAGAGCUACACAGUCCUCGAGCAGGUCAAGACGCCCACCAUCAGCCCAUCGUCGGGGCUCUUCACUCACGAGGUCGACAUCACCCUCGCCUGCGCGACGCAGGGGGCCUCCAUCCACUACACCACUGACGGGAGCGAGCCCAACGCUGCGUCCCCGGUCUACACGGGCCAGCCGAUCACCCUGACAGACGACGGGACAAGACAACAGUCUUUCGAGGUGAAGGCGAUAGCGAUCAAGGCUCCGAGCAUGGGAGACAGCGAGGUGGCUCAGUCGGGCGCCAUCACGGUACAGCCGCAGGUCAUGACGCCGGUGAUAGAGCCGGCAGCUCCAGGACCGUACGAGGACGGGGUGAACGUGACUAUCUACUGCAACACCCCCGGGUCAACCAUCUACUGGACAGACGACGGGUCCACGCCUACGAAAGAGUCCAACGUCUACACAGGCGGCAGCAUCGCCGUCAAGCAGACGGGGGUCGAGAUACGGGCAGUCCCGAAUAUGGGGGACUCGGAAGUAGUUUCUUCUCCAUCGCCAGGGGCAGAGAUCUAUUACACCCUCGACGGCUCGACCCCCACCGCCCAAUCAAGAAUGUACGUCGCGCCUGUUCUCGUGGAGUCGACGGACGUGGUUGUCAAGGCCAUGGCGAGGCAUCACCUGCUGGAGGACAGCGAGGUCAUCAGCUCGGAUGUCUUCCACGUUCAUGCCUCGGUGCCGACGUUCGAGCCUGACGGAGGCUCGUUCGUAGAAAGCGUCGAGGUGACCAUCUCGUCCGCCACUCCGGGCGCUGAGAUCCGAUGCACGACCGACGGGUCCGAGCCGUCUGAGACCACCAGCGUGUGUCAGAACCCCGUCACCAUCUCGGCGACAGGAGCGGUCAUCAAGGCGAUCGCGACCAAGCACGAGCUCUCGCCGAGCGAGGUCGCGGUGCUGCAGGCGCCGUUUGUGAUCAAGGCGAUGGCGCCAUCGUUCUCGCCGGACGGGGGGACGUACGUGGAGUCGGUGAAGGUGACGCUGUCGUCGCAGACCGCGGGGUCUCGCAUCUACUACACCCUGGACGGCUCGACGCCGACGGCAGAGUCCAAUCUGUACGGCGAGCCGAUCGAGCUGGAGGGGACCGGCACCGUCGUGCGGGCGGUGGCAGUUGCAGAAGGGAAGGCCCCGAGCGAGGUAGCAGAGUCGCGGGAGUACGUGAUCGAGACGUCGCCGGUAGAGUACGAAGCGUCGGGAGACGCGUGGGGAACGGCGACGGCGUCGGAGAAAGGCUUCAUCGAGGAGGCCAAGAUCACGAUGACGAGCAAGACUCCAGGAGCUCAGAUCUACUACACCAUGGACGACAGCAACCCGACCGUGUCGUCGACACGAUACGACGGGGUGGCCGUGGUUGACAAGGUCUACGGAGAGCGCGUCGUCAAGGCCAUCGCCGAAGCGCCAGGGAAGGCCCCCAGCUCGGUGACCACGUCGGUGAUCUUCGACGUGUUCCAGCGGGAGAAGAAGCCGCGGCUGCUGCCGGACGGCCCCGGGCCCUACGUCACGAGGGUCAAGGUCAGCAUAGAGGCCCAGCCAGGCGACUCGGUACGCUACACCACCGACGGGUCAGACCCGUCGAGCUCGAGCACGGCAGAGGAGUACAAGGAAGGCUUCGACAUUGACGCCAUCGGGGUCACGGAGGUGCGGGCGGUGGCAUCCAAGGCAGGGAUGGCGGACUCUCUGCCGAUGGUGCAGAGCUACACAGUCCUCGAGCAGGUCAAGACGCCCACCAUCAGCCCAUCGUCGGGGCUCUUCACUCACGAGGUCGACAUCACCCUCGCCUGCGCGACGCAGGGGGCCUCCAUCCACUACACCACUGACGGGAGCGAGCCCAACGCUGCGUCCCCGGUCUACACGGGCCAGCCGAUCACCCUGACAGACGACGGGACAAGACAACAGUCUUUCGAGGUGAAGGCGAUAGCGAUCAAGGCUCCGAGCAUGGGAGACAGCGAGGUGGCUCAGUCGGGCGCCAUCACGGUACAGCCGCAGGUCAGGACGCCGAUGAUAGAGCCGGCAGCUCCAGGACCGUACGAGGACGGGGUGAACGUGACUAUCUACUGCAACACCCCCGGGUCAACCAUCUACUGGACAGACGACGGGUCCACGCCUACGAAAGAGUCCAACGUCUACACAGGCGGCAGCAUCGCCGUCAAGCAGACGGGGGUCGAGAUACGGGCAGUCGCCGUCGCAGACAAGAUGGCCGGCAGCGAGGUCGCAAGCUCAGGCGUGUACGACGUCACAGCGGCGAAGCCAAGCAUCAAGCCGGACGGAGGAGAUUUUGUAGACGUCGCGACUGUCAGCAUAUCCAGCGCAACGCCAGGGGCAGAGAUCUACUACACCCUUGACGGGUCAGUUCCAACUGAGCAAUCGUCGAGGUACACAGUUCCGAUCUCCUUGUUCUCGUCUGCUCGUGUCAGUGCCAUCGCGUUCAGCCCUGGAGUGUUGGCGAGUCCUGUCGUGUUGUCCGAGGCUUUCAGGAUCCUACCGCACCCUCCCUUGUUCUCCUCGUCCGGCGGUUUCUUCCUAGACGAGGCCAAGGUUUAUAUGUGGAGCCCAACCAAAGGACGAAAUUCGCUGUACCACCGACGGUUCGAUUCCUACUCUAGACACUGCCGUUUGCCCUUCGUCUCUGACGAUCCGUCGAUCUGCUUGGUCAAUUCAACAUCGAUCUUUUACAUCAAGACAAGUACCCCCAUGUUGUCCCAGAACGGCGGGGAGAUCGAUGAUUCGGCCUUCAUCAAUUUCAUCCAUCCCUCCAAGGACGCCAAGUUCUUUUGUACUUUCAAUCAGCUUCUGCCCAAAGAGCAGUAUGCUCCGUGUGGAAGCUCAGUCUACGUGAAUGAGACAGGGACUGUCUUGUCGUUCUAUGCAGCAGUCGACGGGCAGAUAGCCAGCGCCAUCAGUCACUCGCUCAAGUUCAUCGUCAUGGCUGGCAAGUGCACUUUCUUCGCCAUCGGCAAGUUCAUGCCGGGAGCGAAUCAGACGUAUCGGAUCGAGUACUUCGUGGACGAGGCCUGGGUGAUCAUCGGCUCGCGCACUCCGGGAGCGAAGAUCAUGUACAUCACGAACAAGAUGUCUUGGUACUCGUACGACCCGGAGGAGAAGCAGGACUGCUGCUACGGCUACCACAACUUCUACAAGCCCAUACAAAUCUGGGCCAAGGGAUACCCGACGGUCAUCACGGCGGUGGCCUCGGCUCCGGGCAAGACGAGGUCAAGAACAUUCUUGUCGCCCUUGUACAAGCUCUUUGAGCAGCUGAGAGACCCUGUGAUUGAGCCUGCUGGGCCUGGGCCCUUCAAGGACCUCGUCGAGGUAGACCUCCUCCUCCCCAUCAUCAUCAUCAUCAUCAUCAUCGUCGUCGUCAUACUCACGCUGCCCCCGCAGGUCUCAAUCGGAAGAAUCAAAGCAGGAAGCGUCCCGGUCGUGGUACGAUACACGCUGGAUGGGUCAGAGCCAUCGUGCUCGUCGGGAAUCGUCUACACGAAGCCGAUUUUCAUCAGCAAGAUCGGGGAAACAACGUUAAGAGCCAUCGGAUGUGCGCCCCCGGUGGACAUGGGAACUGACGAGUCUGCGUUGAGCAAGAAUGGCUACACGGACUCGCGCGUGGUGACAACGAGCUACAUUGUACAAAAGAGCUCAUAG